AUGUUCCUCAUCUCUGAGUGGCAGAAGAUAAGCUUAGCCUUGCUGGUUGUGCUUCUGUCAUGGGAGGUGGCAUCAAUACCCUUUCCCACAGGUGUUACACAGACCGAAUGUCGAGGCCGUUACUUCUGGAUAUGGAUCGACAAAACUGCCUUGGGCCAGAACACAUGGACUUACAGUGUCUUCAAUGAGCUUGGACAACGCAUUCCUGUGACAGAGCAUGUGGCUGCCCAGUGUGGCUUCACCAGAACCACUGACUUGUAUGGCAAUCCUGAGAUCAGAGUGUCAUUCUUGGGCUGUUCAGUUCACAACUUGUUUGACCAGGAUUUCAGCCUCCGGCUCCAAGUGGAAGUGACCAGCCCAGCCAAUGUGACUGCUGCAUACGAUGUCUCAAUGAAAUGCCGUGUUGAUGCUCCAUGGAGCCCUCGUGAGAUUGUCUGUGAGGAAAAUUACAUGGAGGUUUCUGUCCGACGUGCCGUCCCAGGAGUAGCAAGUGAGGCACUGAAUGAAGACUGGGUUGCAGUGUGGCCUUUGGCGCAGGGCGCUGUGAACCAGGUGUGGCAAGUGGUCUUCCAUUUCCAGAAUGGCUCCCUGCAGAACAUGAUGGCCACUCAGGCCCAUGCCCUGGGCUAUGGGGUCAACACUACAGCCACCCGGGUCCUCUUCCGCACUCCCUAUGGCACCCAGCAGACUGAAGUCACCAUGGUACAUGGCCUGGAAGUGGAGGUGGCACGAGCCACUGUCUUCUACAAACAGGCUUGGAUGAUCCUGAUGGUGGAUACUGCAGUGGCCUGUCCCAUCAACUCUCCAGUUUUCACACCCACCACUCUCAGUUGGGUGACCCCACGGAUCAUGCCUUCGCUGGUAGGGUUCCCGCAUCUCUUUCGGGAUGAAACCAUCGAGAUGGGCUUGGAUGGGCGUUUGAUUGACAGGGCCACCAUGGCAAGGAAUGGAUACACCUUUCUGACUGACAGGACAGACUUCAUCAGCAUCACAGUCCCCAUUGGAGCUGUUGGGGGGGUCACAGAGAGUGAUGUGAUGGACAACCAUUAUGGCACAACAUACAGCAUCAAGCUCUUGUUGGACCGUAAAUGGCAAGGAGAUGAGAGUGACCGAACUCGCCAUCGCAGCCUGAAGGCCAUUCGCACACUCUUUGCCCCUCAGAAGCCAGUGUUGAUCAACAACACAAUCCCAGAGAAGGGCUAUUUUGAUGUCAGCCUUGGCAACUUCCUCCCUGAUGUGGAGCUGACCACCAUUGGCAUCGGUGGCAUGCCCUUAACACCUGAGCUGCUCAAGCCGCGUGGCUGCCAUCUGAAUGAAGUGGCCAACCCUAACAAGACCAGGGUUUUAACGCUUCAGGUCCCGUUCACUGAUCCUCUGGUAGAACAGAAGUAUCUGUAUGGCAACAUCCGGAGGUACACUCUGCACCUUGACUACACCCUCAACCUGGUCCCCAAGGCCAAGCCAUUCAUUUACCCUGCAGUCAUUGAAUGUGAUGUUCCAGAUGUUGUUCUUCCAACCUUCGAGGGCUUCUGUGACACAGGAAGGAUUGGUUUAAUAAUGUACCGUGGAAAUCUGGAUCGUUACUGGCUCCCAUAUGUGGGCAACAUGCGAGUGACAAGCGAACUGAUUGUAUCACAGAACUACACUGUCCAGGAUAAUGCCAACUACUACUAUCUGUCAGUACCCUUCUUGGCAGUUGGCUUGGCAUAUCAGGAUAUUUCUCUCCAGGGACUGACAGCUCGACUUGACUUUAGCCUGAGGGACAACAAGACACUGGCGACGGCUGUAGCAUUUCCCUUUGCCUGCAUUUUCCCCAUGGGAAAACUGCUUGUAUGCCUUCCCAAUGGAACCAUGACUGCCACAGUCCUCAGCCUGGACACCAAACCAUCCUUGGACCCUAGGAAUACCCACCUACGAGACCAGAACUGUGGGCCAGUUGCAGCUGAUGAAUCCAGGGCUCUCUUCUCUUUCCCUGUGACCUCUUGUGGCACCACAAGAAGGUUUGAAGGCAACUACUUGGUGUAUGAGAACGAAGUGACCUUCAGGAGAGAGAUGAUUCCAGAAGCCAGCCCCGUCAUUACCAGGGACUCCCAAUACAAGCUGACUCUGCGCUGUCGUUACCCUCUCAAUGAGACGCUCAAUGUGUUAGCCCAGAGACUGCAGGGGGAGAUGGGUACCCCUGUGCCCUAUGUCCUUGGUCUUAGAGCAUAUCAGCAGAAGAGAUCUGCAGAUCACCAGAAUGUGUCACAGACAGGAGCUGCUCAUGUGUCAGCAGGAGCAGCUGAGAAAAUAUGGCUCUGGCUUCCAGCAUUUGGUAUGGCUUUCUCUUGGGCAGCUGCGAUGGUUGGAGUAUUCUCGCCUGUCAGGUUACAUGGCUGUUAA